AUGGACUUUGCAGUCCAGCGCGGCCAUGAUGGGGUCGACGAGAAGACGGCAGCACAUUCCUCUUUGAAUGACAACGUUGCGAGCGAUAUUAGCCACCGGGAAGUGGUUGGUCGGAACUCAAAUGAGGGGGAUAUUGAAGGCGAAAUGAAGGUUCCGGGUAUUGGCUUGCUGACGUCUUGCGAUCUCCAGAUGACCUUUCGCCGGUUCAUGGGUUUCACGGCGAUGGCGUUUUUGUGGACUGGAAGUCAGAUCCCAGUAUAUUUAUUCGGGGGCAUUCCACCUUAUAUUUAUAGAGAGAUCGGUGGUGCAGACAGAUGGGUUUGGUUUGUCCUGGCGAAUCUACUUGCUCUCGCUGGCGUCUGCCCCUUCGUUGGAUCGCUGUCCGAUCUGAUUGGUCGUCGAUAUGUUGCUAUCAUCGGAGCGUCGCUCAUCUGCAUCGGUAUGAUCGUUAGCAGUACAGCCAAUACGAUGAACACAUUCAUCGCCGGGAUGGCGAUCGCAGGAGCAGGAGCAGGCGUGAACGAGCUGACUGCACUGGCUGCAACUUCCGAAAUGGCACCAACGCGACAGAGAGGCAAAUAUGUUGCGGUGUUAAUAUUCAGCAUUUUACCAUUCUGUCCGUCUGUACUAUGGGCUCAGCUCAUUGCAGCACACAGCAGCUGGAGAUACGUCGGUGCAUUUUGUGGAGCAUGGAAUGGGUUCGGGCUGUUAGCCACAGUCCUUUUCUAUUUUCCACCCCCUCGAGUAAACUCAGAAGGAUUGAACAAGGCAGAACUCAUUCGUCGCAUCGAUUUCAUCGGUGGCUUUCUCAGCAUCUCCGGGCUCAUCAUCUUCUUGGCCGGCCUACAAUGGGGUGGAUACAUGUAUAGUUGGAAAACAGCCCAUGUCCUCGUACCCCUCAUCCUUGGACUCGUUCUCCUAGUCCUCUUCGCUAUCUGGGAAGUCUAUGGCGCCAAGUAUCCGAUAUUUCCAAGCCGGUUGAAGCAGGAGCCUUGGACUUUGGGCUUGACAUUGGUUAUCACCUUCAUCUCCGGGGCGAACUUCUUCUCUGUCCUCAUGUUCUGGCCUACGCAAUCUUUCAACGUUUACGGCCAUGACCCUGUCGACGUGGGUGUUCGCAGUAUUCCCACCGCGUUCGCCAUCCUGUUCGGUGCAUGUAUUGUCCUAUGGCUUCUGAGUGUCCUUCGGGGCCACAACAAAGAGCUUCUGAUCCUGAGCAGCGUUCUCAUGACAGCAGGCUGCGGUGCCCUCUCUAUCGGCCGAGUCGACAACCUCUACCAAUUAUGGGGUAUUCUUGUCCUUGCAGGACUGGGGAUCGGUGGGAUUGUCGUUCCGGCAUCCAUCAUGACGACCAUAAUAUGUCCCGAUGACCUAAUCGCCACCAUCUCCGCCCUCACUCUCUCCAUCCGCGUCGUCGGCGGCGGCAUCGGCUACACGAUCUACUACAACAUCUUCAUUUCCAAGUUCGUGCCCAAUGCCAAACAUUACAUUGGCGGGGUCAUGAUGACGCAGCUCAACAUCACCAACCCACGCUACAUUGCCGAGGCAAUCGAGCUGACAGGCGCGUCGCUUCUCGAAGACCUGUACUCGAUCCCCGGAAUCACCGGCAACCCGGCGGCGUACGAGAUGGUGGUGACGGCCGGUCAGAUUGCCUACGCGGAGAGUUACAAGUGGGUGUACUAUGCCAGCAUCGGGUUUGGCGGGGUGGCAAUCCUGGCGGCGUGCUUCUUAGGGGAUGUGAGGCGGUAUAUGAACGACCAUGUGGCGGUUGUUAUGCAUUGAGAAGCGAUGAAGGACGACCGUUCACUUGCGCGGAGGCGUAGUGGUUCGAGUCGCAACGGUAGAUAAUGAUACAUGAAUAUCUGACACUUUCUGGCUCUUGGAGCAAUGCCGGCCACUUCAUAUCAACAGCUACGAAUGUCAC